UUUUGACUGAAUGACGUCCUGUCCUGUGAAGAACAUCAAUAUUGGAGUGUUGGGUCAUGUAGACAGUGGCAAGACAUCUCUCUGCAAGCGACUCAGUACUGUUGCAUCUACUGCCUGUUUCGACAAGAACCCACAGAGUCAAGAGAGAGGAAUCACCCUUGACUUGGGGUUCUCCUCUUUCAUGUUGCCCUUGAACACACAAGAGGGUAUAACUUUGCCUUCUGAGAUCCAAGUGACUCUCGUGGACUGUCCAGGGCAUGCAUCUCUAAUCAGGACCAUCAUAGGAGGAGCCAGCAUCAUAGACCUCAUAAUUCUCGUGGUGGAUGCGCAGAAGGGAGUCCAGACCCAGACUGCGGAGUGCAUGGUGCUGGCCGAGAUCUUGUCCUCCUCUAGUUUGGAGAAGAUGCGACUAGUGGUGGUGCUAAACAAGACAGACUUGUUCCCAAAACAGAGUAGGGUGGAAAAAGUGGAAAAGAUGAAGAAAAAGCUGCGUGCUACAUUCAGACAAACAGUAUUUGGAGAAAACGUGGAAUUAGUUCCCUUUUCGUGCAACGAGGAAGAUCAAAACGAAGUAGAUGAAGCGUCAAAAGUGAAUGGGAAUCUGUCAGAUAUUCUGAAGGUGUAUGUCAUAGAAGCGAUUCGAACUAGACUAGAAAUGAGCAAAGCGGGAAAUGCUUCUGAGCAGUUUAUGUUCGCAGUUGAUCAUUGCUUCUCAAUUAAAGGUCAAGGCACGGUUAUGACUGGCACUUGUCUUCUGGGAAAAACAUCAGUGAAUGACAAAAUAGAGAUCGCUUCCCUGUCUAUGGAGAAAAAAGUCAAAUCUAUCCAAGUAUUCCGAAAACCAGUCACUUCAAUCCAGAAAGGUGAUAGAGCUGGAAUAUGUGUCACACAAUUCGAAUCAUCGGCUCUAGAACGAGGCCUAGUUUGCUACCCUGGGUUGUUACGUAAUAUCUACGGUUGCAUAAUGAGGCUACAUAAGGUCAGGUUUUUCAAAGGAAGUAUUGCGUCGAAUUCUAAAUUUCACGUGGUAGUUGGUCAUGAAACUGUGAUGGCUAAAGUAACGUUGUUUUCGUCAACAUCACAAGAUCAGAAAACAUUCGACGAAUCGAAAGAAUAUCAGUUUUGCUCAGAGUUUUCCGAAAUUGAACCCGAGAACACAUCUAAAACAAACGGCCCAGUGUUUAUGUUGCUUCAAUUCGAGAAACCAAUUUUAUCCUCGCCGAACUCAAUACUGAUAGGCUCAAAACUAGACUCGGAUAUUCUAUCUAACACAUGCAGAAUUGCUUUUUAUGGAAAACCAGAUGUCGUUUUUCAUGAGGCAAAUUACAGCGAAACAUUCUUGAGCAACUUGAAAGUUUUCAAGCCGAAACAGAAACAAGGUGCGAUUGACCGAAUUUUCUCUGAAGAUUCUGUCAUUUGUAAAAAUAUGCUCAAAAAGGAAACAAAUAUUGAAAAGUUUCUCAGACUCAAAGUCGAUUUUUCAACGGGUGAUAAAGGAAUUAUUAUCGGGGGUUUUGGACAAGGCGGAAAGCUCAAAAUCCAAAUCACAGGAGCUCAAAUGUCGGAAGCGUUGAAAUCAUCGGGACCUGUAAAACGAAACAAAAAUGACAAAAAUUCACUAGCUCCGGAAUUGGGAGAUCCGGAAUUGAGUUCUUUUUCUUCUGCAGACAAAACGCCGGUUGUUGUUACAUUGAGGUUUAAAAAGAUGAUUUUUGCGGGUUCAAACUCAAAUAAAAUAGUUCAGUAGUAUACCUUCCAAUGAUAUUCAAGUUUGUGUAUAAUGAUUUCAGCUAUAUCA